UUGCACGCGCACGCGCUAACCACAUAUGGUCCAUCCCCUUCAUAACCUGAUCUAAAACCUGUCAAGAGCUUAGUAGUAAAUGUGCCAAGUAACUUAUUCGAAUUGGAAGCACUUUCAAAAAAGAAAAAAAUAGACAAAACUACGAAAUACGAUUUUUGACAUAGCAAGUGGCGAUUUUUGCAGCAAGUAACGAGAUGUCAUAUCGGAGUAUAUUGUUUUAUUACACGUGUGAUUAAAGCGCAUUGAAGUUUCUUUAAUCAUGAGCGCGCAGAAUCAGUUACCAAAUCUUGACAAGAUCUUCCGAGAUGACGACGAGGCUGACUUUGUGCCUUCAGGAGGAUCUAAUUUGGCUGCCAUUUUUGGACUACAAUCAAAACCUGCAGAUUCCACUAAACAAACGGCUUUUAAAAAGAAUAAUACUCGAUAUAACAUACAACAAACUGUGCCAUCUUCUAAGACAGAAAUCCUAAUAGCUAAAGCUGUACAUGCUUUUAAAUUACAAAAUGGUCAAUACACUUCUGUUGGAAAACUUGGUAUAGCAUUGACAGGCAAUGUAACAACAAGGCUAUAUCAAAUAAUUUUAUACAAAACUAAACAAGAAUAUGUAUCUAUUGCUACAGUGACACGUGAUUUUUUGUAUACUGUACAAGCAAAUAAUUAUGCCAGUUAUUACGAUAACAACAAUGAAAAUUGGUCUAUUUUAUUUGAGAGUAAUGAGAGCUAUUUAGAGUUUGCAAUAGAAAUGGGAUUAACACGUUAUUUUGCAAUACAAGAGAAAGGAGAAAAUGUAAUUUAUCAAGAUCUGAUACCAGCAAAUAAUAAAGAUAUAACUGCAAAAGAAGGAGAUAAUAUAUGUAUUAAAUAUUUUGUGGGAACUGAGAUAGUACAACCUUUUAAGAUAAAUUUUGUAAUGUCACAAAUGAUGACUGUAGAAAUAUCAACAGAUGACAAUUGGGAGAGAGUUCUUCUGGGCAGUGGCAAAGGCCUGAAAAGAGUUUUGUUUUUACCUCCUAGCAAACAGAUUAGUUUAGGUCCUGGAUUCCCCAAAGAGAAAGAUAUUAUGCUGAUAAUAGAAAUAACUGACAUAAGAAUACCAGAAGAAAAUCUGCCUACACUUAAAACUUCAACAAGUGGAAAAGCUUCCAUAAUAUCAAGAAUGGCUAAAAUGGGUCAACCUAUCUUACCAAAAAUGACUCUACCUUCCACUACUGAUUCUGAAGAUACUGAAGAUGAUAUACCUCAAAGAUCUCCUCGUCACAAAAAGAUUGAGCAAUUGGAAGGAACUUUGCAAAAGAAGAAUUUGUUGCACGAAUCACCGGAAGAAAAGAAAGCCACUCACAAAGUUGUGGAGUCAAGAACUGAAGUGCCUUCUGUACACUCUAGUACUUACAAGCCAAUAGUUGCUGCAUCUCCAGUAACACCGCAAUGGACUCCUCCAUAUUUCGCUGGACAUUAUGUAACAAUGGACAAUCAGAUGUAUCCUGUACAACAAACUGUAAAUCGUACAGUACCAGCCGCUCUAGAUCCUGGAAUCAACAUGUUGUUAUCGGAAACAAGGAUAACAAAUGCGGAAAUACGAAUGGGGAUGUCCAAAAUAUCUGACAAUGUCCAAAAAUUACUGGAUAAGUUCCAUGCACUUGAGCUUCAAAAUGCAAUAACUCCUACAACAAGUGAUAAAGCAACUCUGGACGCCUCUUGGAAAAUGUUUCUAGCUCUUAAUGCUUCUCAAGCAGGAGUAAAAGAAAAUGAAUUAUCAAAAAGUACUGAUAAAAAUAUAUCAAAUGAGAAAAUGUUGGAAGCGCAGAACAGAAUAAGUGCUUUGGAAAAUAAUUUAAAAAAAUCAGAAGAGGAGAAAGAAUCAUUGUUGCAAAUUAAUAAGGAUAUGAACAAAAAACUUCAAGAAUUAGAAACAAAACUAAAUAAUACAAAUGAUGAGUUGAAAAAAACCAAAGAAGCCUUAGAAGAAGCUAAAGAUACAAUUAAACAAUGUAAAGAAAAAAAUGUUAGUUUAGAAAAUAGACUUUCUAAUAAAGAACACAUUUUCCAAGUUGAUUCAACAUCUUUCAGACAAAAAGAUACUAAGAAAAAAAACAGAGAAAUUAAGCAAAUAAUGAAUAAAACAUAUCAUACAUUAUCAGAAAGAUUUGCAGAUGAUUCAUGUUCUGAAUUAUCCUUUGAUUAUGUGAAGUCAACUAUUGCAAGCACAAUAAAGCAUAUCACUUUACAAGUAUUGUAUGAAGACUCUGAUGAAGAAGAUAUAGAAUCUAAGCUAAAUAAGAAUGUAGAUUCCACAAUUAAAGCUGUUAGCGAACAACAAACUGAUAAACAAAUAGAGAGGAUAUCAAAUGUAUCUAGUGAUAACAAUCUCUCGAUAAAAAGAACAGAGACUUCAAAACCUACCACAAUCAUUCCUGCAUUUGAAAAUGAACCACCACCUGUUCCACUUGAUAGUAUUGAUGAAGUUGAUAGCGAUUAACUAACUGGUUGACCUCAAAAAGGUUGACCUUUUAAUUUGCAAAUAUAUAUAUACGUUUAAAAUAUACGUAGUUUCUAAUACAUACUUUUAUUUUCACAAGUUUCUUUAUAUUAUUAAAUUCAA